GCCACGUCUGGAUCGAUUCUUUUUAUUUGCAAGUUUUAAAAAACGGGGGUAGAUUUGUUAAAUGUGUUGAAGGGGCUACGAGUAAUAUUAAAAAAACUAGUUAUUUUUAUUUUUUAACUCUCUGAACACUUACUGAGUAACGCGGGAAAAUAUAAAUACAAAAAAAAUGACCGGUGAAAUAGACGUCAAGUGCAGAAUUAAGUUAAAGCGGCGUAUUGUGGAAAAUACGCUAAAAGGCAAAGUUGAAAUAAUUUCAACUAAAGUACUAGUUAUUAAGAAUGCCUACAUUGAAAUAACAGGAUUCGCAACUUGUGGUUGGAAAUUGGAUGCGGUUUAUAUCAUGUUCCCUAAAAUAUAUACCGAAGAUACUGAUGUUAAAGGCUUUCAACAAUUUUAUUACACGCGCCACACACUUUGUGGUGGAGAGAUCGCUCACGAGCACAAAAUGAAUGAAGUUUAUAAGUUUAAAUGUUAUUGGCCGUCACGUUUACCGGGAACUUGGUUUGGAGAUUUCGGGAAUAUUGAAUAUGUAGCCAAAGUUACGAUUAAAUUAGAUAACGAAUUAGAUGUUUAUACUCAUUCACAACUCAUUUAUGUGAAAUUUCGGAGACACUUAUCAACGGAGAAACACCUCCUAUUUGAGUGUAGAGUCGACGUUUCACGCAAUUUCUUCACAACGAAAUCAAUCGGACAUGUUACUGUGAGUGUUUGGCUACCGAUUUGCGGAAUUGCUGCUGGUCAAUCUCUACCAGUAAUCUGCUCGGUUACCAAUUACUCCAAGCUGCACUUCGGGAGUCUCAUCUUCGUUUUGACAAGAAUUGACAUUUACAGAAGCGACACCCCUAUAUCUUUGGUGAAGACAGUUCGGACGGACGUAUGCCGCGUUGCCCGAAUGGUYAAUAUCCACAGAGGUAGAUACGAUUACUACUCAGUUCUGCAAACUGAUGCAGACACCAUCCCCACAAACCAAUUCUACAAAUGCACCUGUUGUCAAGUUAUUUAUGAAGUGUGGGUCUCAGUGCAAGGCGCUUUCAAGCGCUAUAGGAGCUUUGGAUACCCCAAUAUUGACACCCCCGGCAUUCCAGUCAUAGUUGGAACAAAACCCCUGCGAAACUURAAUACGUAUGAAAUAACAGCAGAGAUUUUUAAGAAAAUGUAUGAGACUCAUCUACCCGUAUUGUUUGAUGAGUUGCCUGAAGACGUCAGGCAAAUUAUACACACGACUGAUGAAGAACUAAGUAGAGAUGCUAUACAGAAUCUGGAAAGACAACUCCACGUCAAUGAACAAAUAAUAAGUUCAAUCAAACAAUCAAGCUCACAAAAACUCAAAAGCUUAAACGAUCCAUAACUUUAUUUCUUUAAUCAAAUGUUAACAAUAAAAAUCAUGAUGGUAAGACACCUCCUUGGACUAAAA